AUUGCGCGGUGGCUGAUGGGAUUGUGGUGAUGUGGCCCCACCCCUUCCCCCCUCCCUGCCCCGGGAUGUCGGAAGAAACCAGGCAGAAGAAAUUGGCUGCGGCCAAGAAAAAGUUGAGAGAAUUUCAGCAGAAGAACAGCCCUGGUGGUCCUGCAGUAGUGAAGAAGAAGAAAAAGCUGAAGAAUGACAGUGACCUUGAGACAAGCACUGCUGGUGAUGACCACCCUCCUGAGGACAUUCAGGACAUUCUGAAGGUGCUGGUGUCCGACCUUAACCGUUCCAAUGGGGUAGCGCUCCCCUCAUUGGACAGAUGGCAGGCACCAAAAGACCAUGCUGCUUCUGCACCACCUUCUGCUGCUGAUGACACUGUGUCACCUGGCGGUGUCCCUUCCCCAGGCACUCCUCUAACUAGCGUGGCGUCACUCCAGAACUGUGAUGCGGACAGUGAGCCUAACGUCAUGGAUGAAACCAAGACUUUUUCAUCCACCGAGAGCCUGCGGCAACUUUCCCAGCAGCUCAACGGUCUUUUGUCUGAGUCCACAUCCUAUGUCAACGGGGAGGGCCUCACGUCUGCUAACAUGAAGGAUCUGGAGAGCCGGUACCAAGAGCUAGCAGUAGCCCUGGACUCCAGCUAUCUAACAAACAAACAACUCAGUAGCAAGAUAGAGGAAUUGAAACAGCAGAACCAAGAUACUGUGCAACAGCUGGAAAAAGAGAAGCAGGAGUCUCAGCAGAAGCUGGCAAAGGAGCAGGUGGCUCUGCGGGAACAGCUGCAGGUUCACAUUCAGACCAUAGGCAUCCUGGUUUCUGAAAAGGCAGAACUGCACACGGCCCUGGCCCACACUCAGCAGGCAGCCCGGCAGAAAGCAGGAGAGUGUGAAGAUCUUGCUGGACGUUUGAAGUCUUCCAGGCAGCGUGUGGGAGAGCUGGAGAAGACGCUGUCUGCCGUCUCCACGCAGCAGAAGCAGGCGGAAAAGUACAACAAGGAGCUAACGGAAGAGCGGGACACCCUCAGGCUGGAGUUAUUCAAGAACAACAAAAGCAACGAGGACCUGAAGCAGCACAACUCUGAACUAGAAGAGAGGCUCCGAGUCCUCACGGCGGAGAAUGCAGCCAGCCAGCUGGGGGUGGAGGAGCUACAGAAGAAGCUGGAGAUGUCCGAGCUGCUGCUGCAGCAGUUCUCAAGUGGGUCUGCAUCCCCUGACGCUGACCAGCAGUUCCAGCAGGCCCUGGAGGAUCGGGCACGGCUGGAGACACACGUGGGGCAGCUGACGGAGUCACUGAGACAACUGCAGCUGGAGAGAGACCAGUACACGGAGAACCUGAAGGAAGAGCGCGCCAUGUGGCAGCAGAGGAUGCGGCAGAUGUCAGAGCAGGUGCACACACUGAAGGAGGAGAAGGAGCGCAGCGUGAGUCACAUACAGGAGCUGGAGAGCAGCGUGGCCGAACUGAGGAGCCAGCUGGCGGAGCCCCCGGCCCCAGAGCCCCCAGCUGGGCCCUCGGAGGAGGAGCAGCGGCUGCAAGCGGAGGCUGAGCGGCUGCAGAAGGAGGUAGAGCACCUGACAGGACAGCUCCAAGCCCAGGUGCAGGACAACGAGAGCCUGAGCCGCCUGAAUCGGGAGCAGGAGGAGCGGCUGCUGCAGCUGGAGCGAGAGGCGGAGGUGUGGGGCGAGCAGGCGGAGGAGCGCAGGCAGAUCCUGGAGAGCAUGCAGAGUGACCGCACCACCAUCAGCCGCGCCGUCUCGCAGAACCGGGAGCUGAAGGAGCAGCUGGCUGAGCUGCAGGACGGCUUCGUCAGGCUGACCAACGAGAACAUGGAGAUGGCCAGUGCGCUGCAGUCGGAGCAGCACGUCAAGAAGGAGCUGGCCAAGAAGCUGGGGCAGCUGCAGGAGAAGCUGGCGGAGCUCACGGAGAUGAUGGACCUGAAGAACCAGGAGGCACAGGGUCUGCAGCAGCAGCGAGACCAGCUCCUGUCCCAGCUGCAGCAGUACGCAGCGGCAUGGCAGCAGGUGAGCUCGGAGAAGGAGGCGCUGCACAGGCAGUUCCUGGUGCACACGCAGCUCCUGGACCAGCUGCAGCACGAGCAGAUGCAGGGCAAGACGGCUGAGGACAGGGCCCGCCAGGAGCUGCAGGAGACCCAGGAGCGCCUGGAGGCCACCACCCAGCAGAACUGGCAGCUGCAGGCCCAGCUCAGCCUCCUGGCCCCGCCUGAGGGAGGAGCUGAGGUGGACGAGGAGGACAAGGAGGCGGCGGCUCCUCUGCCCGAUGUAACCAUCCCAGAGGACUUAGACAGCCGAGAGGCCAUGGUGGCAUUUUGUAAUGCAGCUCUCGCCAGUGCGCGUGAAGAGCAGGUGCGGCUGCUUGGGCAGCUGAGGGAGCAGAGGGCACAGUGCCGGCGCCUCGCCCACCUGGCAGCCGCAUCCCAGGGUGAGCCUGAGAAGGCGGCCCUGGCCCCUGGGAGCGGAGGUGACAGUGUGUCUGCAGAGAGCCAUUGGGCCCUACAGGUAGCCAUGGAGAAGCUGCAGAGCCGCUUCCUGGAGGUCAUGCAGGAGAAGGCAGAGCUCAAGGAGCGGGUGGACGAGCUGGAGCAUCGCUGCAUCCAGCUCUCCGGGGAGACGGACACCAUUGGGGAGUACAUCGCGCUCUACCAAAAUCAGAGGGCGGUGCUGAAGGAGCGGCACCGGGAGAAGGAGGAGUACAUCAGCCGGCUGGCCCAGGACAAGGAAGAGAUGAAGGUGAAGCUGCUGGAGCUGCAGGAGCUGGUGCUGAGGCUCGUGGGUGAGCGCAACGAGUGGCAGGGCAGGUUCCUGGCAGCUGCCCACAGCCCCGCUGAGGAGCCCGCUCCGGGACCCGAAGACGCCCAAGAACUUGGUGCUGCUGUGCCCGAGCAGGGUGACCUCCGCGAGGUGAGCCUUGCCGACAGCACCGAGCCCGCACAGGAAGCGGCUGGGCCGGGCUCCGCCCCCGAGAACCCCACAGCGAGGCAGAUCAUGCAGCUGCUGCGUGAGAUCCAGAACCCCGAGGAGCGCCCAGGCCUGGGCAGCAACCCCUGCAUCCCCUUCUUCUACCGGGCGGACAAGAACGACGAGGUGAAGAUCAUGGUGAUCUAAAGAGACGGAGUGCCAGGCCUAGAGAAGCGAGGCGGGGCUGUCCCCAGCCCCCCGACUCAGUCCCUGCCACUUUCUAUCUUUAGAGCAGUAAGAGAAACUAAAAAAAUUUUAAAAAAUUAAAUUUAAAAAAAUUAAAAAAAAGUUUUUCAAGAUAAAAGUUAAAAAAAAUUUAAAAAAAAAUUGAAGAAAGUAAAAAGAAAAAAAAAAAAAAAAAAAAAAAGAUAAGACCCCCUGUCUAACUGGGGACACAGACAGGUGCAGACCCUUUGCCAUACUGGUCAGGCACGAGCCUCGUUUUCUGGACUGUGUUCAGCUAAAGAGCCACAGGUUCACAGCUACUUAGCGGCUGCUCCUCCUCCGGAGGGCCGGGGGCUCCUGCUGGCCUCCUCGUCCUCGCCACGCCAUCCCUCCCUGGGCGACCCCCAUUCUCUCACCCGGGCGCUUUGGGGCACGACAGUGGGCAGCAUCUGCCAGGUCUUUGCACAGGUGGGGCUCCCUGUGGGCAGGUGAGGGUGGGUGGGGCCUGGCCGGGCCCCCUCCAUUCAGGCGUGCUCCAUCUUUGUGUUCUGUGGAUGGAGCCUAUGGCCUGGCACGCGGGAGGCGAGGGCCCAGCCCUGGCCCCGGCCCGGCCCAGCCCCAACCUUGGCCCAGCCCCAGGCCGCGUGCUUGAGGCACUCUGGAAGCUGGGGCCCCCUGCAGGCCAGUCAGGCAGUCAGCGAAGCAGUUCACUCAGGGGCUCCUGCCUCUGAGGCACGUUCGGGCAGGACAAUGGGGCAGCGUUCUCCAAGGCCUUAUGACAGUUGGGGUGCAGUAGGCCCAGCGAGGGCAGAGGCUGCUGGGUGGGCUUCCCGCCCCCGUGUACAUACUGUACCUGUGUAACAUUUUGUAUAUUCCGGGGGAGGGCCGCCCCCUGUAUCAUAGCAGAGGCUGGAGCUAGUGAAUCAGGAGGGAGGUUCUAUAAUUAUUUGGGGCUGGGAAACUUAUUUAUUGGUAGCAGAGAACAGAGGAAGGAGACGGGGACGGGGUUGUGGUGCCCUGGUGAUGCGGCUCCUGUUUAUUUUGCUUUUCCUUUGGAAUAAAUGGAUUUAGUCAUA